UGAUAUACAGCUCCUACUUUUUCUGAUUUGAGCCAACUAACCAAAAUCCGCUGAAAAUAGUAGACAAACAACACAUCAAGUUGGAAGAAUUCGGCCAACAUUUGUUCCUUUUCGUUUACGUUUCCAUCGACGGUGCAUUUUAGGUGCGAUAGUAGCUGGUGGUCCACCCCUGAGUCAGCGAUAAAGAACGCCUAUAUUGGUACAGUUGCAGUACAUAUAGGGAAAAAGGAUACGGCGAUUGUUUUUUAUUUGUUGCGUUUGAGAAGAGUCUUUUUGCAAUUGCGGAAAAUACGAAUCAACCGGAGGUGACACACAAUGGCCGCAGAGAUUAAACCUGCCCCGCGGAAUGCAAACGAUCGCUUCAGUACAACGAAAAAGCCGGAAUUGCUCAAUAAACUCGAGGGCUGCAAUGAUGACGUGAACGCAGCGCUGCUCAUUCCAGGAGAGGAAGGUGUUAUCAGCGUUUGCGAUGACAAAACCAUCAGAGUGUGGCUACGCCGCGACUCGGGUCAAUAUUGGCCGUCCAUCUGUCAGUACAUGCCAUCGGGGUGCACGUCUCUGUUCUACACACCGGAAACCAGAACGCUCUUCAUCGGCCAGGAAAAUGGAACCAUUUCACAGUUCACCCUGUCAGACGACUGCAACCGACUAACGCCGAUUCGGGAGUAUUUGGCACACCAGGCUCGUAUCACCAAUGUCAUCUUUGCCAAACACACCGGCUGGAUUCUGUCGGCUGGGCGGGACAAGUUUUUCGCCUACCACAGCACCGAAACCGGGGAACGUCUCGGUUGUUACACGUUCGAGGCCAUAUGUACAGCCAUGCAAUACGAUUCCCUUUCCAAGUAUGCAUUCGUAGGUGACUACAGUGGUCAAAUUACCAUGUUGAAGCUCAGUGCAACCGGAGCAUCCGUCAUCACGACCAUGAAAGGACACGCUGGAUCGGUUCGUGCAUUGUACUGGGCGGAAGGCCCCCAGCUUCUGUUCAGCGGAUCUUACGAUCAAACCGUCAUCGUUUGGGAUGUGGGUGGCAAACGUGGCACUACCUAUGAGCUACAUGGACACAACAACAAAGUUUCGGCCCUGACCUACGCCAGCAAUACGCAGCAGCUGAUAUCGGCCGGCGAGGACUCGGUGAUCGUGUUCUGGGAGAUGAACGCCAUGCGGAAGGUGGCUCCGGAGUGGGUAGAAUCGGACACUUGCCAGCUGUGUACGCGGGCGUUCUUCUGGAACCUGCGGGCGAUGAUCGACCAGAAGCAGAUCGGAAUUCGUCAGCACCACUGCCGUUACUGUGGCAAGGCUGUGUGCGACAAGUGCUCCAACUUUCGGAUCAACAUUCCUAUUAUGGGAUUUGAGUUUGACGUGCGCGUAUGCGAGCAGUGCUUCCAGCGGUUGAAGAGCGAAGAGCGACCGUCGUUGGCAACAUUCCACGAUGCCAAGCACAGCAUCGUCGCGAUGGAUUUGGACGAACCGAGGAAAAGACUGCUCACCGUUGGACAGGACCGCAUCAUCAAAAUCUGGGACCUUUCCUCAAUUUGGCCUUAGAACCCGCGCUCGUCAAAAAAACACACCGACUCAGAUUGAUUUGUCCUUGGCAAGCAGCUUUGCACGUAUAUAGCCCCGCCCCCACGUUACCCGUUCUAAUAUUGAUCACAAAUCGGAUUACUUUUUCGAAAAACAAUAGAAAACGUUACAGGAGCAUUGUUUUGCUGAAACUCACAGAUGCAAUCCUUCAGAUUGGCGCUUGGCUUGAAUUCCGUUUAAAAUUAACAGUGAGUGAAAAUAACAGUCGGUAAAGUCGUUUCACUAGAACAAAAUAACUGACCUUUUGUAUUGAAACUUAAUGGAACUAGAAGAAGUUAAAACAUAGAAAACGAAAUGCAAAAUAGUUAU